AUGCCUCCAAUGACAAGCAAGCAGCCAGCGUCCGACGUGGCACCACAAGGUUCGCGCGCAGCAAAAACCGCUGCUGACGCACAGAGCGCUGGCACAAACAGCAGCACAGACAACGACCCUGUUGGCAGCAGCACCGACAGCAACACUGGAAACAGCAUCCGGGGCAAGAGUGGUAGUGAUGGCGAUGCUGGGAGGAGCAGCAUAGGCGGUGGUACCAUGGGUAACACUAGUAGGAGUGAAACGGUGAGUGUCGAGGGCAGUGACAGUGGCAGCAACAGUGAAAGGGUGGGUGAGGAGGAGGAGGAGGCAAGUGCGGUAGCUGAGCAGGGGGGGUCCGUUCGCACGCUGGUGUCUCUUGAGACGUCUCAAAAGACCCCACGCACGCUGGUGUCUCUUGAGACGUCUCAAAAGACCCCACGCACGCUGGUGUCUCAAAAGACCCCACGCACGCUGGUGUCUCAAAAGACCCCACGCACGCUGGUGUCUCAAAAGACCCCAUGCACGCUGGUGUCUCAAAAGACCCCACGCACGCUGGUGUCUCAAAAGACCCCAUGCACGCUGGUGUAUCAAAAGACCCCACGCACGCUGGUGUCUCAAAAGACCCCACGCACGCUGGUGUCUCAAAAGACCCCACGCACGCUGGUGUCUCAAAAGACCCCCGGAUCUACCCCACGCACGCUGGUAUCUCAAAAGACCCCACGCACGCUGGUGUCUCGCCUGCUCGUGGUCUGCUACCGCCACAGCCUCGAGUUCUGGUGCUCGCUCCGCCUGCACUACUUCCUUGACUCACAGGUGUGCCUCUCCGCACUGAUGAAUUCACACACAGGUGCGCCCGCCCGCACUGCUUCCUUUGUUGGCAGACAGGUGCGGCUGCUGGGCUAG